CACUCAACCAUAUUGCCUAGCUCAACUCAAGAUUUUCCACCAUUAUUGAAAAUUCAAGCAGCAGAGCUUCUACUAGCCAUAACCAAAAAUAAAGAGAAAAGAAAAGGGUUUUUGCUUAUCUUUCUUUUUUUAGCAUUUCAGUAAAAUGGAUAAAAAGAAGCCUUAUUUAGCAGUGAUUUUAGUACAGUCAAUCUAUGCUGGAAUGUUCUUGGUCUCCAAAGCUGCUUUUAAUGGUGGAAUGAACAAUUUUGUGUUUGUCUUCUAUAGACAAGCUGCUGCUACUCUUUUCUUGGCUCCUAUUGCUUUGUUCUUAGAAUGGAAAACUGCGCCCCGCUUGUCAUUUGUGACUUUUUGCAAGAUUUUUUUGCUAUCUUUAUGUGGGAUUACUUUAAGUUUAGAUAUUUAUGGAAUUGCACUUGUUUACACUUCUGCAACUUUGGCUGCUGCAACUUCAAAUUGCCUUCCUGUCAUUACUUUCUUCUUGGCCCUUUUGCUCAGGAUGGAGGUGUUGAAGUUGAGGACAUCCGCAGGUAUUGCAAAGCUUAUAGGCAUAGUCACGUGCAUGGCAGGUGCAGCAACCCUGGCAUUCUUCAAAGGUCCCCAUUUCAAAGUCAUGUGCCACCAUCACCUUUUUGGAUCCCCUCAUGCUCAGGACCUUCAGGGUCAUGUUUCUUCUGGCAUAAUAUGGAUAAAGGGUUGCUUCCUCAUGCUCAUGUCCAACACCUGUUGGGGCUUGUGGCUUGUUUUGCAGGUAGGAGUGUUAAAAUGCUACCCAUCAAAGCUUCUAUUCACCACCCUUCAGUGCUUUCUGAGUUCAAUUCAGUCAUUCGUUAUUGCCAUUGCUUUGGAAAGAGAUCCUCACGAGUGGAUGCUUGGUUGGGAUAUUAGACUUCUUGCUGUACUUUACUGUGGAAUCAUGGUGACAGGAGUCACAUUCUAUAUGCAAGCUUGGAUUAUAGAGAAGAAAGGUCCUGUUUUCUUGGCCAUGUCUACACCAUUAAAUUUAAUUUUUACAAUGUUCUGUUCGGCAUUUCUUUUAUGCGAGAUCAUCACUUCAGGAAGUAUCUUGGGUGGUGUAUUGCUGGUUGGAGGCCUCUACAGUGUUUUAUGGGGUAAAAGCAAAGAGGAAAAGAUGUCUGAUAAAACUUGCACUGUAUCCCAAGUUGACAAAGAAAGCUCAGAGUUGAAACAAGUGAUUCCAAUUGCAACAAAAGAACAAUUGCCUGUAUAAAAAUAAAAUACAAAUUACAGCUCAAAAUUCUAGUUUUCAAUUGAUUUUUAGACUCAUUUGCUCGUAAGAGUAUUAAAUAUAAAGCAAGGGGAUUAGUGUAUUGCUUCUUUUCAUAUCUUUCUUUACUCACUUCCAUCUUUAUUUUCUUUUACUAUACAAAUUAAAGAAA